AUGGCUGCCUCAUCUAAUUCAAAUAUGACAUCGACUAUGGGAGUAGACGGUCCUAUGUUUACUCUUAGUUAUCGUGAUUUGAUGACUUUGAUGCGGAGAUGUGAAGAAAAUGCUAUUCAAAGAUAUCAAGAACAAGAAACGCUUGCCGCAAUCGCUACUGUCGUCGAGACGACACUGAAUGAAAUUGUUGCGGCUGUUGUUGUUGAAGUCGAAAAUGCAGCUGUAGCUGCUGACGUUGAAAUCACCAUGGAUCAUCUCAAAACCGAAAUCAUCAAUUUGGAAAAAAUCGAUCGAUUUUUCUUGCAAGUUGAGAAAGUCUUCGACGGAAAUAAAACACUUGCCGAACUCUUAUGCCCUGCGUUUCUGACUCUUCCACCAGAUGCACAAUAUCCCAUGUACUAUGACGAAGCUGCUGCAGCUUUUAAAAAAUCAAUGCACAAUGCACGGGUAAUUAUCGUCGUAUUUUACAGUUGA